AUGGCCGCUCUGUGGACGCUCCCUCUGCUGUCGGCACAUCUGUCGGGAUGUUUGGCCCUCACUCCUUCAGAGGAGCCCCCGCAGCCCCACAGCCUGUCCCCCUCGCUGGGGGGGAACAGCAGCGACUCCGGCCUGUCUGUGGACCAGCCCAUGGCUCUGAGGGUGUUCAGUGUGGACUACCACCACGUGCAGGCUCCCUUUGAAAUCGUGCUGUGGAUCAUGCUGGCCUCACUGGCCAAGCUGGGGUUUCACUGGUCGGGCCGGGUGCCAGCCGUUGUCCCGGAGAGCUGCGUCCUCAUCAUGGUGGGCCUGCUGGUCGGAGGAGUGAUCUACGGGGUCCGCCACUCCGCUCCCCCAACGCUCAGCGCCGACGCCUUCUUCCUCUUUCUGCUGCCUCCCAUCGUGUUGGAUGCGGGGUAUUUCCUGCCGGGGAGGCUGUUCUUUGAAAACCUCGGCACCAUUCUGUGGUACGCGGUGCUGGGAACGCUGUGGAACGUGCUGGGCAUCGGCCUGUCCCUGUACGGGGUCUGCCUGCUGGCCCCCGGCUCCCUGGGCGACGUCUCCCUGCUGCACUGCCUGCUCUUCGGCUCUCUGAUCGCCGCCGUCGACCCCGUGGCCGUGCUGUCCGUCUUCCAGGAGAUGCACGUCAACGAUCAGCUGCACAUCCUGGUGUUUGGAGAGUCGCUGCUCAACGACGCAGUGACUGUGGUGCUGUACAAGCUGUUUGAGUCCUUCCUCCGCCUGCCGUCCGUGUCGGGGCUGGACGUGCUGCUGGGCGGCUGCCGGGUGGUGGUGGUGGGCCUGGGAGGCCUGUUCGUCGGCCUCUUCUUCGGCCUGCUGGCCGCCCUCACCUCACGCUUCACCUCCAAAGCUCAGGUCAUCGCCCCGCUGUUCGUCUUCCUCUACUCCUACCUGUCCUACCUGACCUCAGAAAUGCUUCACCUCUCCGGCAUCAUGGCCAUCGUGACCUGCGCCGUGACCAUGAAGCAGUACGUGGAAGCGAACGUGUCCGAGCGCAGCAACACCAGCAUCCAGUACUUCCUGAAGAUGUGGAGCAGCGUGAGUGAAACGCUCAUCUUCAUCUUCCUGGGCGUUUCCACCAUCCAGGACGUCCACAUGUGGAGCUGGCCCUUCGUGGGCUCCACUCUGCUGCUCUGCCUGCUCUGGAGGGCAACAGGCGUUCUCCUGCUGACAGCCGUGGUCAACAAGCUGCGCAGGAACAGCGUGACCUUCAGAGACCAGUUCAUCAUCGCAUACGGAGGCCUGAGGGGAGCGAUCUGUUUCUCCCUGGUCUUCCUCAUCGACGACUUCCCCAAGAAAAGACUUUUCAUCACCACCACUAUCGUGGUCAUCCUCUUCACCGUGUUCGUCCAGGGGAUGACCAUCAAGCCUCUGGUGGAGCUUCUGGAUGUGAAGAGGAAGAAGAGAGCUCAGCCGACCGUCAGCGAGGAGAUCCACAGCAGGCUCAUCGAUCACCUGCUUGCAGGAAUCGAGGACGUGGUCGGCUACUGGGGGCAGCACUACUGGAAGGACAAGUUUGAGCAGUUCAACAAGAAGUACCUCCGCCGGUUCCUGAUCCGUGAGGACCACCAGGCCCGCUCCAGCAUCCUCAGAGUGUACCAGGAGCUGGAGAGGAGGGAGCAGAGGGCAGACGAGGAGGCGACACCCAUAGUGGAUCCUCGGUCCCACAGCCGUCCCCUCCUGCCAGAGGAAAUGGACAGCAUAAGACGCAUCCUCUCCAGAAACCUCCACAACUUCAACAACAAGCAGACACCGGCUUACAGCAGACACACCCUGCACCAGGACGCCACCGGGGCCCGGACGAGGAGGCCGCUGCACGGCCACCACAGUCUGGGAGACAGACGCACGUAUAACACCAUCACACACUGGCCUCAGGUGGAGGACGAAGAGUUCAGCGACCCACACAGAGGGAGGGUCGGACUCAGCAGAUCUCAUACAGUGUGCUCCGCCAGUCCCAGGUCGGUCCUCCCGGUCUCAGCCCAGACAGGGGGACAGGAUCCUAAUGGUGAAGAAGAAGACCAGCAAUCACCUGUGGAGAGAGUCCCCAGGAAACACCUCAGCUUUGUGUUGGAGAACGAGAAGCAGCAGUGA